AUGACGAUAUACACUUCAAUUUAUUAUUUAUUAUUUGUUUUCCAGACUUCAUCCCGUUCAGUGGAAAUUUCUGAUUAUGAAAAUGUUUUGUGUGAUGACUAUGACACGAAUUUAGUUGAUGAUUUUUCUGAUUUAUUUGAAAAACUUGAUUUGGAGUACUUGCUUCAUGAAGAAAAUGUAGUUGAGUAUGUAAAAGAAAAAUACAAUAAUGCUUUGGAUUCAGUUGGAAAUAAAAUUGAGUCAACAGUUACUGAAGGUGCAAACUACUUAGUAAACAACGGAGACCAAAUCCAGACCAACUUAGGAAAUGUAAAAGAAAAAGCCGAAGUAUGGGGAAAUAGAGCUCAAAUGGCACAAAGGGGUCUCUUUUUAGCGGGUUCCAUCCCAACACCUGCCUCGGCUGGUCUUCUUGCUGCUUCAAGCGCAUCUGGGACUAUUGCAAAA